CUCUCUUUCCCUUUCACUCGCGCAGCCUCACUCACACAGACACCCACUUUCCCUUCCAUCUUCCAUUCUUCCUCCUCCAUGCGGCCACGACUGAGAGAAUAAGAGGUUGAGAGAGCCAGAGAGCCAGAGAGCGUCAUCCACCAUCAAGGAAUCCCUCCACCGUCGCUCGAAGCCGUUGCAAGUCAUCCGUUCAUCUCUAUCGCUCGAAGCCGUCGCAAGUCAUCAGUUCAUCUCGCCAUCGCAAGUCAUCCAUUCAUCUUCGUCGUAGACUCGUAGGUGUAGUAAAGGGCAGCGCCGUUGUGUAGCCAGAAGCCCAGAAGCAUCAUCCAGUUCGCGCCCUCCACCGUCGCUCGAAGCCGCCGUCCAGUCAUAAGCCGUGGCAACAAACCCUAAGCGGAGCAGCACUCCAGUCGCCGAGCAGCACUCCCAUCCCAGUUUUAUUUUUUUGCUUUUUUUUUUACUAAUACCUGCAUUAUGGGCUUAAACUUUAAGAAUAAUGUUGUGUUGGAAUACUGUGUGCUGCCCCAGGACUGCUUUUUCAUUUCUGUGGUUAUCAGAAACAAACCUGCGUUGUUGGACAAGCCUGUAGCUGUAUGUCACUCAAAUAAUUCGAAGGGAACAUCUGAGAUUUCCUCUGCAAAUUACCCAGCUCGUAGUUAUGGUUGGAUAUAUACCAAUUUAUAUAUAACUCAAUCAGCCAUAUUGUUUGCUCAGUUUUUUGGUUUCAAACUAUGCUCUAUGGUUGAAGAUCCUGAACUUUUGGCUUCAUCAAUUAGAAAAGAGAUCUAUGAAACCAAUAGGUGUACAGCAAGUGCUGGUAUAGGGGGAAUAUGCUUAUGGCUCGUAUUGCUACUAGGACUGCAAAACCAAAUGAUCAAUGUUACACAACUCCAGAGAGAGUAUGUUUUGGAGUAUUAUGUGAUUCACAACCUUAUAUCUUUCUUUCUUGUUCAAAUUGUACCAACCGGGGAAGAUGAUGAUGAGUCUGGUGUAGAUUCAGAUUAAACAUGGUGGCUGUUUGGUUUUUAUUUGGUUUAAAGUGGCUGUUUAGGUUUUUAGUAUAUUUUAAAAUGCGUUUGUUUUUGUUGUUUGCUAGACAUUUUUAAUUGUUUUUGUUUUAUGUUUAAUUGUUGUGACAAGUUGAAUUUGUAUUGAAUUUGGAUGUGAUAUAAUCUUGUUAUUCUAGAUU